AUGGCUUUCCGCUCCAAUUUGGAGCUUCUCGGCGACCACGAGUAUACUCAGGCUCACCCAGAGCCCUCCACUUCCAUCCCUCCCUCUCCCACCUCCAAGGACAACGCCAUCUGGAUGGAGCCCUCCCGGUACAUCACCUCUGCGGAGGCAUCCAACCUUGAUUCCAGCCUCGAUCCCGCGACCCAGCUGCUGAUCGACCGCGCCGCCGCCUCCAUCGCCGCCAACAUGCUGGAGCAGCUCGAGCAAGCCGCCCUCGUCUCGUACCAAUACACGGGCAACGUGGCACUCAUGCAGGGACGCAACAACGUUGACGUCUACGACCGCGUUGUCCGCGACUCGUUCCACACAGGCCUGCUGCACGCGCUUUCGGGAAUGGGUGGCAUCAAGACGCCUACCAUCAUCAUCGAUGUCACGGGCUUUCUUGACGGAGAGAACGAGCUUACCGCCGCACUCAAGCGCUCCAACUUCUCCCUCGUCCCCGCGCGCCUCAUCCAGACCUCGGAGCGCCCACUCACCCGCGAAGCCACCGCUUCCUUCGCCGCAGCCUUCAGCACCGCGGUCAGAGGUGCCUUCGCCUCCCAAAUCGAAGCUCUGACCGACAUCCGCCCCGGAGAGCUCUUCAUCCGCCAGCAGAUGCUGCACAAGGGCAAGCACGACAUUGGUGAGAACGUGGAGUGCUGUCUGUUCAAGAUCUCGGAGGAGGACUACCGCAUGCCGUUUGACAAGAGCACGCUGGAUAACAAUGCGUACAAGUAUGUCAAGGCGCAGACGAAGGAGGUUGCGGAUGAGGUGUUCAAGCAUAUGGUUGCCGAGUUCAGCAUCAAGUGCAGUACUUGUAGGAUGUACCACGAUUUCAAGGUCGUUCGCUGA